UACUUUUUAUUCCUCUUCCCCUCUGUUUCUGCGCCAAUUUAAACAUUCAAUUCAAUUUCAACACAAGUGAUUAAACAUAGAGAUAACAAAUAAACCACCAUCAAUCACUAUAAUGGUUCAGUUUGUGGAAGAUUUCUACAAGUUCCUGGGAAAGGGUAUCGACGAUCUUAAUGACAGGUUUGUCGUGUUCGACCACAACUUGGUGUCUAUCGAAUUCCUGAGCCGUGUCGUGUCUUCUCUCCGGUCGUUUCACGCCGAAUUCACGGUUCUUCUGCCCAAACUCCGGUUGCCGGCGAGAGACAAAUGGCUGGAAGCGUACAUGGACGAGAGCUCCCGGCUGUGGGAGGCCGGCCGUUUGAUCAAAAAGGCCGUUUUGAAUUUCGGGAACGGCGAAACUCGUGGCCAUCAUUUAGUUUCUUUCAUGCUUCGUAAUCCUGUUUUAGACCGAGAUGGUUCGCUCCAGAUCAAGAGGAACAUAGCUCGCUACGAGUUAGCACUAAAUGUAAUCGAAGACAUGAACCUGAGGUGGAUAGAGACGCAGCUGGAGAAACUGUCCUUGAGAUUUACCAUAAACGUGUGGGACGAAUCAAAAUGGAAUGGCUUUUACCAAAUCCUCCAUUACAUGAAGAAUGCCACCUCUUUGCUGCUGCUGAUAUUGGUCACAGGCUUAGUCUAUUUCUCCCCCAAAACCACCCCAUUGCUCCGCUUCAACAGCGAAGCCGACGACCCGACGGGACUUAUCGGCCCGUCUUUCAUGGUUCCUGCAGCAAGAUUGAGGGAGAGGGUGGCACAGGAGAUAGUGGGGCUGCCUGGAAUUGCCCUUCUUGAGUUCCAGCAGCUUAGAAUGGCGGUGGGAAAAGUUAAAAGAGAAGUGAAGAUAGUCAAUGAUUCUGAAGUGAUCAAAGUUGAUGAAGGCAAGGUCGAGAGGUUGAGAGAUUGCUUUGAGACGUUGAAAUGUGAGGUUGAAGGCAUAGUUGAGCAACUGGAUGACUUGUUUGAUGAGAUAGUAGAAGGGAGAAAGAUGAUUAUGGACUUGUGCAUUCGUGAGGAGGAUUUAGAAGAAGAAGAAGAAGAAGGAGAAAUUAUAGGCCGAAAGAUAGACGCAAAUAUCAUACCAAAUCUCGUCAAAUAUAAACAUAACACAUUCUUUUAAACAGGAUCGUAAUUCUUUUGCUUCAAAUCUAUAACAUUUUCUAGUCGGGAGUGUUCAUUCUUAUUCUUUUUUUUCAUUGUGAUAGUAUAAUGUCAACAUCAUUGUGAUCAGGCUCAAACUUUAUUUGUGUAUGUAAUCAACG